CUUUCUUCCAUUCAUAAUUUCCUAUGAUGCACCUCAAACAACUUCCUGGACCGGGGAUCCCGGCUAAAUAUAGCUGUUUCUCUGUCUUACAACACAGGCUCCAGUAUAUAAAUCAGGCAAAUUCCCCAUUUGAGCAUGAACUUCUGAAAACGGCCUGCAUCUAAGGUCUCCUCCAAGGCCCUCUGGAGUCCAGCCCAUAAUGAAGGUCUUGGCCACAGGGAUUGUGCCCCUACUGCUCGUUCUGCACUGGAAACACGGGGCAGGGAGCCCCCUUCCCAUCACCCCUGUAAAUGCCACCUGCGCCAUACGCCACCCGUGUCACGGCAACCUCAUGAACCAGAUCAAGAACCAACUGGUUCAACUCAACGGCAGUGCCAAUGCCCUCUUCAUUUCCUAUUACACAGCUCAAGGGGAGCCGUUUCCCAACAAUGUGGAUAAGCUAUGUGCGCCCAACAUGACGGAUUUCCCACCUUUCCAUGCCAAUGGGACAGAGAAGACCAAGUUGGUCGAGCUGUAUCGGAUGGUCGCGUACCUGGGAGCCUCCCUGACCAACAUCACCUGGGAUCAGAAAAACCUCAACCCCACUGCCGUGAGCCUCCAGAUCAAGCUCAAUGCGACUACAGACGUCAUGAGGGGGCUCCUUAGCAACGUGCUUUGCCGUCUGUGCAACAAGUACCAUGUGGGCCAUGUGGAUGUGCCGUGUGUCCCUGACAACUCUAGCAAAGAAGCCUUCCAAAGGAAGAAGUUGGGCUGCCAGCUCCUGGGGACAUACAAGCAAGUCAUUAGUGCGGUGGUCCAGGCCUUCUAGAUAGGAGGUCUUGAGUAUACUGUGGACUGAGGGGUCUCAGGGGCAGGAUCCAGUUGCGGGGAGGGGGGCUCAAAAUGUGCUGGGGGUUUACAAUGCAAAGGGGGCUGCUGGCAGACCCCAGGGAUUUCCAGCUACUCACUGCACUCUGGGCUGGGCCGUGAUGGAGUCUGUCGAAGUUGAAACUUCAUUCGGCAGAGCCUCCAUCCAGCCCAGCACCAGCUAGCGAUGGCAAUGAGGGUGUCGGACUGAGAGAUUUCCGUCCCACUCACUCACUCAGCCCCUUGUUCACUGGCUGGGUGAACAAGCUGCACAAGGUGUCUACAGCAGACAGCAAAGGGCUGGGAGGUCAUUUGCUGUCCCUCAGAAAGACUUUGGAAGGUUUGGUUGAGAUGUGGUAGGGCCAAGGGGACUGGGAUCCAGAAGGACUCCUUUAAUUUUGAAGUUUUGUGGAUGGAAGAUAGAGGGUACCCUGGGAUGGAAUGUGUCUUCUCUUGAGUUGGAUGAGAGAGUUCAGGCUUUAGGGGUUGUCAGAUGGAAGAUUCUAGAAGGCCACUAGUGUUCAGGCUCUUAUGGAAGCAUAGAGGCCCUCUUGGGGUCACCAAAGCCUGAUAGACCCAAUUAUCUUCUUUGCCGUUUCCCCCACAGCCUGGCAUGACUGGGGUCUGCCAGCUGGACCUAGAGGUGGCGUGGGUGCAGGUGGGAAGAGGCAGGUUGCAAAGGCAGGUCCCCAGAGUCCUCCCAGGAAGGAUCUCUUAACUGUCCAGGAGCCAGAGAGGGAGCAAGGCGGCCAUUGUUGGGGCAGUAGCAGAUUGCAGAUUUCAUCUGCUUCUCAACCCCUGAGAACAGGUGAUCUCGAGCAGACAGACAGGUAGCAUAAAGUGGAAUGUCAUGUCUGAGACCCUGGAGGUCACAAAGGUACUUGAAGGGGACCAGAGGGCUGUCUAGGGUCCCUGGAGCAUGGAGAAGCAGAACUUGAGGUCAGGGUCUCAGGGAAGAUGAGACCCAGAGCGCUGUGUCUGACCCAGCGCGGUUUUCUAUUUAUUACUAUGUCCUAUUUAUGUUAACUUAUUGGUGCUUUAAAUGGCAAAGUUAAUUCCCCGAAAUAGUAAGAGGCUCCACACUCCGGAGCUGGGGCCACGUCUCACCAUCUAGUGGGGCCUGGUCUGGAAGCAGAUGAUUGUUACAGGUACAGCUCAUGGGUCAAAUCAGAGAGCUGGCUAGCUCCCCUGUCUCCCACUGUGACUCACUUUUAGGAGUCAGGGUCCCCCAGAAAGAGCUGAGCCACUUUGUCUGUCUCUGUCUCUUUUUCUCCUCUCUCUCUCUCUCUCCCCCCCUCCCUCUGGUCUCCAAGGGGGCGGAGCAGUUUCUUGUUGUUUUGUCCCACUGAGCUCUCUGGCACCCCCUGGAUUCCUGCUCUGCGGUGCGCCAUUCAUAAUGGAGUGAAUGGCUCUGGAACCUUGGGCAAAGCUGAUUCCUUCUUCCUCAAAUUGCAGCUGAGGAGUGCUGAGAGAUCCUGACCCGGCACCCAGCGUGCUUCCAUCCAGCAUGGGAGCUCCUCGGGUGGCCUGAACACCCACAGAGGGUGAAUACAGGCGGUUGGAGCAGUGCAGGCCCUGAAUUGGGGCUGAACGGCUGCCCAGUGCUCCAGAGAAGGGGAGAUCAAGGCCCGAGACGCCUGGGACGCGGACCAGGAAGCUGUGGUCCUUGCUUCAUCGCUGCCUUCCCACUCCCGCCCAUGUCUGGGCUCCCAGGCAGGGAAUCCGAUCUGAUCUCUCCUUUGUGCUGGGGCCAGGCAAGCAGAGGAACGCCCUCGAUCUGGGAGCAGGGUAGGGAGGAAGGCAGCCAAGCUGGGGCAGUGGCUGUCUACAGAGCCUCUGAAUAGGGCGGUCCUUAGCAGUUAGGCUGCGGGAUUCUGCUUCAUGCAAUUUUGCACCUUUUUCUGUCAUUCUCUAAGCACUUUACCUGGACGGCAGGUGGACAGGCCCUGGAGCUCUGGGUUAGGAAAGGCCCGGAACCCUAGACUAUGGUGGUGGUGGUGGGGGGGCACACGUGUCAGCGACAAAGUUGCUCCACCAUUCUCCUGCUGCUGCUGCAUCAGGCUCAGCUCAGGACCGGGCUGCCCUUCUCCAAGCUGAGAGGUAACUUGUCUAGAAGCCAAAAUGAUGCCACAGCCUGGGGCCUGCUGGGUUUUGUCGUCACUUCACAUCCAUAUGGACAUGGACUCUCUGGGCUCCGCCCACCUGGCAGCUUUGAAGGCUCAGGGACCGAUGGACUCUCUCUGUGCACAGCCCCUCCCCCAACCCCUCCCACCCUGGCUACCCGGGGCAACCACCUGCCUGCAUCUUCCUCCAACAGUUCAGAGCCACGUUGCACAGCAUUCCAGAACCAUUGAGCCUUUUGGGGCAGGCAGUUGUUCACCUUGAUGUCUUUCACCUGUCAGCAUUGACUCCCACCAAGCAUGAUGGGUAGUGUGUCUGGACCAGAGAAGAAGGGCUGGGGCAUUCUGCAGUUUAAACAGAGAGAAGAAUAGGGGCCUUUAUUUAUUAUUCAAAACCCCGAACCUGGAAGCACUGUUAGUUUGCUGGUCCGUCUCCUCUCCGCUCUUGUCUGUGUCUGUGUUCUCGAUCCUGACUCAAGCAAUCCCGCUCUGUUUUGCUGACUCCGGAGCAGACAUAGCUUGUGGGCCAGGACCCCGGAGCCUUGGGUGGCAGUGGCUUCAGAAGUGAAAUGAUCUGGCUGUCUGCAUUCGAAUGACUCCCCACCUAGCCUAGCCUCCUUUUGCACUGCUGGUUCAGCCCACUGGGCCUCUGUCCUUUCCUCUGGAAGGGACUUGGCCUUGGGUGACAAAUUCCUCUUUGAUGAAUGUACCCUGUGGGAAUGUUUCAUACUGACAGAUUAUUUUUAUUUAUUCAAUGUCGUAUUUAAGAUAUUUAUUUUUUAUACUGAAGGAGCACCCUUUUUUAAGAGAAAUAAAUGAAAUAAUAAAGAACCCAUUCUUGUCGA